AUGUCCGAAAAAGUCUAUGUUCUUGGUGCUACCGGCAACAUUGGUGCUGAAGUAACACAAGCUCUUCUUGACAGUGGUGUCCAUGUCACAGCCUAUGUGCGCAAUCCUGCCAAGGUGAAGCAGCACGAUCUAUUGACUUUGGUUCAAGGCGAUUACGACGACUUGGCUCCCUUUGAAAAAUCCAUUGGUGGACAUACCCGCCUUUUCCUUUUGGUUGCCGAUCUUAUCAAAAUGCCUCGAAUCAAGAAAGCCAUUGCGGCCCGUGCUUAUGCAGCGGGGGUCAAGCAAAUUGUGGAUGUCUCUUCUCUUACUGUCUCAGCUGGUGGCCGUCGUACUACCAUUGGCGCUGGUCAUUCGCUUGCAGAGGAUGCCAUCAUCGCUAUGGAGGAUCGUGGUACCUAUGUAGCUUUGCGACCUGCACGUUUCAUGGCCAAUCAAGCAUGGCAAGAUGCUCUUACGAUUAAAUCAGAUGGUGUCAUUUAUGAUACGGUGGAUCCUGAUGAAUUCCAAUCAUGGAUUUCCACAAGCGAUAUCGCCCGCCUCGCUGUCAUUUGCCUCAAGGAUCCCAUUGAAAAGCAUGGUGACAUCGUGUAUGAAAUGUCUGGUGAAUCCAUCACACCCAAGGAACGUGCAGCUGUAUUUUCCAAGGUCCUCGGACGUCCAAUUAGCUACAAGCGGCUACCAGUUUCGGAUCGAUACAAUUAUAUUGUCGAACAUGUUGGAGCGCCACAUGGUGUUGCCCUUACUAUUGCUGCUGGCAUGUUCAAGGGCUUUGAAGAUGUUAGUCCUGCUUUACCAUUGUUGUUGGGUCGUGAGCCUGAAACCAUUGAGCAAUGGCUUGAAAAGAACAAGAGCGCCUUUUCUUAA